AUGAACGCUGCGAGGCUCACCGCCUCCGUGGCGGCGCCGGCGGCGACGCGCCAGGCCGCCGGAGCCCCCAGGCCCGCCCGCGCCGCCUCCCGCCCGCCCCUGGCCCCCGCCCGCCCCGUCGCGCCGCGCCCGCGCGCCGGCGUCUGCCAGUACCGCAAGGAGUGGUCGACGGAGCUCGAGACCUGGCACACCUACAAGGACCCGUUUGAAAUCAUCGACCACGACAAGAUUUACCAGGCCCUUGAGGCCACCAAGGAGGCCGCCAAGGACAAGAACCGCAUCCGCGAGAUCCUCGCGGCCGCGAAGGAGCGCUCGCUCAUCAAGGAUGUCCCCAUCACGGGUGGCGACGAGUACGUCAAGGGCCUGUCCGUGGAGGAGAUGGCGACGCUGCUGAACACGGACGUGUACGACGAGGAGCUGAUGGAGGAGAUCUACGACACGGCGUUCGCGAUCAAGGAGCGCAUCUACGGCAACCGCAUCGUGCUCUUCGCGCCGCUAUACCUGGCCAACUACUGCACGAACAACUGCUCGUACUGCGCGUUCCGCGUCGCGAACAAGGACAUCGAGCGCUCGAAGCUCUCCGACGACGACGUCCGCCGCGAGGUCGCCGCGCUCGAGGCCCAGGGCCACAAGCGCCUGCUCGUGCUGACCGGCGAGCACCCCUCCUACACCUUCGACGACUUCCUGCACGCGCUCGACGUGAUCUUCGACGUGCACAGCGAGCCGUGCAGCGAGAUCCGCCGCGUCAACGUCGAGAUCCCCACGCUGUCCGUGUCCGACAUGCGCCGCCUCAAGGCCACGGACCGCGUCGGCACCUUCACGCUCUUCCAGGAGUCCUACCACUACCCCUCCUUCAAGAAGUUCCACCUCUCCGGGCCCAAGUCCGACUACGGCCACCGCCUCCUCACGCACGACCGCGCCAUGCGCGGCGGCAUCGACGACGUGGGCAUCGGCGUGCUGUUUGGCCUCUACGACCACAAGUUCGAGGCUAUUGCGAUGAAGAUGCACGCCGACCACCUGGACGACACGUACGGCGCGGGCCCGCACACGAUCUCCGUGCCGCGCAUGCGCCCCGCGGAGGGCUCGGAGCUGUCGGUGCAGCCGCCGUACGAGGUCGACGACAAGGAGUUCAAGAAGCUGGUGGCGAUCCUGCGCAUCGCGGUGCCGUACACGGGCAUGAUCCUGUCCACGCGCGAGAGCCCCGAGAUGCGCCGGCACCUGCUGCGCGUGGGCAUGUCGCAGAUGUCGGCUGGCAGCCGCACCGACGUCGGCGCCUACCACCGCCACCCCGGAGAGGCGAGCGACCUCAACCUCGGCGGGAGCAACCUCGAGGGGCAGUUCUCGCUGCUCGACACGCGGCCCGUGAAGGACAUCGUGAUGGACAUGAUGGAGGAGGGCUACGUGCCGUCGUGGUGCACCGCGUGCUACCGCAAGGGGCGCACGGGCGAGGACUUCAUGAAGAUCGCCAAGGCCGGCAACAUCCACAACUUCUGCCACCCGAACUCGCUGCUGACGCUCCAGGAGUACCUGAACGCGUACGGCACGGAGGAGGAGAAGAAGGUCGGGCGCGCGCUGAUCGACAAGGAGUCGAAGGUCGGGCUGUCGCCCUGGGCGCAGAACAAGCUCAAGGACAUGCUCGAGCGCCAGGACGCCGGCGAGAAGGACCUGUACUUCUAA